AUGCUUCAGGGUCCCUGUGUGGUCAGGGACCUGAUCAAGGGUCAAAGGAAGACUAGGAAAAACAUGGGCCUGCUACUGAAUGGUGCAGGGGACCUCCUGACAAAUGACACGGAAAAGGUCAAGGUACUCAAUGCCUUCCUUCCUCAGUCUUUACUGGUGACUUGCUUGGUGUCUGAGGGGAAAGUGGAUCCAACACUGGAUGUUGUUUACCUCAACUUUAGUAAGACUUUUGAUACUGUCUCCCAAAACAUCCUUGUAGACAAACUGAUCAAGUAUGAGCUAGAAAAUUGGACAGUGAGGUGGACUGAAAACUGGCUCAAUGACUGGGCCCAGGAAGUUGUGAACAGUGGCACAAAGUCCAUUUGGAGACAGGCCACUAGAGGUGUACCCCAGGCUAACUUUUCUGAGGAAGUAGUCGAAAGCUUUCCGUCCAGUAUCUCUACUGGUAUAUACUAUGGAUGGGCCUGUGUUGGAAAUGGAGAUGUGCAUAAAAUGGUUUUGAGCAUAGGAUAGAAUCCUUUCUAUAAGAAUAUUAAGAAAUCAGUGGAAACACACGUUAUCCAGACUUUCAAGGACGACUUUUAUGGAGAGAUUCUUAGUAUGGUCAUUAUUGGAUAUAUUCGACCAGAAAAAAACUUCAGUUCUUUAGACGCGCUCAUUUCAGCAAUUCAAGAAGACACUGUAGAGGCAAAAAGACAGCUAGAUUUACCAGAACAUCUUAAACUCAAAGAGGACAACUUCUUUCAUCUGCCAGAAGGCAAAACAAUAAACCACUAAACAAAACCAUGUGGGGUUUUUUCAUCUCAUGGAGCGCUUUUCUGUGCACUACUAUGUAUCAUGUAUCAUUCGAUAUAUGACGUAUGCAUGUGUACUGGCUCUCCAUCAACUCUGGGAUGGAGUUAAUUUUCUUCAUAGCAGCUCAUAUGGUGCUGUGUUUUAGAUUUGUGACCAAAACAAUGAACAUAACGCACUAAUGUUUUAGCUAUUCCUCCUUGCACAGAAUCAUGGCCUUCUCUGUUUCUUACUCUGCUCCCGCAGUGAAUAUAUUGGGGCUGUGCAAGAGGCUGGGAGGGGACACAACCGGACAAGUGACCUGAACUAACCAGAGAUACUCCAUGCCAUCUAAUGGUCAUGCUGAGCAAUAAAAUGGAGAGGAGGGGCUUUAGGGAGGUUGGCCAUCUUUUGUUUGG